CGACUCCCGCGGGCCGUCCGGGAGGCAGCGGUGAGGAGGCGGGGUGGCAGGGUGCGACGCCGCGGGGCCAGGCCGCCCCGCCCUGGGAGGCGCCCGGACCCUCGUCAAGUGACCAGCAUCCCUUCCAGAAGAACGCGGUCCUUCAGAGGGAAGCGAGCAGCAGCCUGUAGCCCGGGCGCCAAACCGCCGUCAUCGCCUUCCUGUGCAUGGUGAUCCGUCACCACCCCCCCACCCCCCGGAAAACAUAGUCCGCCCUCACGUCCUUGUGGAACAGGCUCGCCUCCAAACAGUGACUCUUUUGUGCCCGGACCCUUGUCUUUCUCUCUCCAAGUACUCUAGGACCCACGGAGGGGAGAAAUCAGCCCUCAAGGGAAAGCCUUAAAGGAGAAACCAAAGAAGGAGCCGAGGGGCCCGGAGGGAAGGCUAGGCUGGCGGAGGGACACGGCGCGGAGGACGUAGUGCGCACGCGCGCCGCGAGGAACGAGUUCCGGUCGGGCCGAGGCCUGUCCCUAAAAAUAGCCCCGGUGUGGGGAUCCGUGCGCGGAUGUCCCGGCGAGUCCCGGGCUGAAGGAGGCGGCUCCGGGCGGUGCGGAGUGCUGUGGCGGGCUGGGCUGCGGCGUGUGUGCGCCCGCCAGCUGCGCCGGAGACACGAUCUUAUAGAAAAAUUUCAGCUAUAGCCCUUGGACUAGAAGCUGAAAUCAUAGAAGCUGUGUAUGAUGCGUUAGGGUAUUGAAGAAAAAUAAUUUUUGAAUUAAAUAUUUGGAAUAUAAGGAAGGAAAAGUGACUGAAAAUGGGGCGGAAGAAAAUACAAAUCACACGCAUAAUGGAUGAAAGAAACCGACAGGUUACUUUUACAAAGAGAAAGUUUGGACUGAUGAAGAAAGCCUAUGAACUUAGUGUGCUCUGUGACUGUGAAAUAGCGCUCAUCAUUUUCAACAGCUCUAACAAAUUGUUUCAGUAUGCCAGCACUGAUAUGGACAAAGUUCUUCUCAAGUAUACAGAAUACAAUGAGCCUCAUGAAAGCAGAACCAACUCGGAUAUUGUUGAGGCUCUGAACAAGAAGGAACACAGAGGGUGCGACAGCCCAGACCCUGAUACUUCCUAUGUGCUAACUCCACAUACAGAAGAAAAGUAUAAAAAAAUUAAUGAAGAAUUUGAUAAUAUGAUGCGGAAUCAUAAAAUCGCACCUGGCUUACCACCUCAGAACUUUUCAAUGUCUGUCACAGUCCCUGUGAGCAGCCCUAAUGCUUUGUCCUACACUAACCCAGGGAGUUCACUUGUGUCACCUUCUUUGGCAGCCAGCUCCACUUUAGCAGAUUCCAGCAUGCUCUCUCCUCCUCCAGCCACAUUACAUAGAAAUGUAUCCCCAGGAGCUCCUCAGAGACCACCAAGUACCGGCAAUGCAAGUGGCAUGUUGAGCACUACAGAUCUCACAGUGCCAAAUGGAGCUGGAAGCAGCCCAGUGGGGAAUGGGUUUGUAAACUCAAGAGCUUCUCCAAAUUUGAUUGGAAAUACUGGUGCAAAUAGUUUAGGCAAAGUCAUGCCUACAAAGUCUCCCCCUCCACCAGGUGGUGGCAAUCUUGGAAUGAACAGUCGAAAGCCAGAUCUUCGAGUUGUCAUUCCCCCUUCAAGCAAGGGCAUGAUGCCUCCUCUGUCGGAGGAAGAGGAAUUGGAGUUGAAUACCCAAAGGAUAAGCAGUUCUCAAGCCACUCAGCCCCUUGCAACCCCUGUAGUGUCUGUGACAACCCCAAGCCUGCCUCCGCAGGGACUCGUGUACUCAGCAAUGCCGACAGCCUACAACACUGAUUACUCACUGACCAGCGCUGACCUGUCGGCCCUGCAAGGCUUCAACUCCCCAGGAAUGCUGUCUCUGGGGCAGGUGUCAGCCUGGCAACAGCACCCUCUAGGACAAGCAGCCCUCAGCUCUCUUGUUGCUGGAGGGCAGUUAUCUCAGGGUUCGAAUUUAUCCAUUAACACCAACCAGAACAUCAACAUUAAGUCAGAACCAAUUUCACCUCCCCGGGAUCGAAUGACCCCAUCUGGCUUCCAGCAGCAGCAGCAACAGCAGCAGCAGCCACCACUACCACAACCACCCCAGCCCCAGCCCCAGCCCCAGCCCCAGCCCCAACCCCGGCAGGAAAUGGGGCGCUCCCCUGUGGACAGUCUAAGCAGCUCUAGUAGCUCCUAUGAUGGCAGUGACCGCGAGGAUCCUCGGGGUGACUUCCAUUCACCAGUUGUGCUUGGCCGACCCCCAAACACUGAGGACAGAGAGAGCCCUUCUGUAAAGCGCAUGAGGAUGGAUGCGUGGGUGACCUAAGGUUUUCAACUCAUGUUUGUACUUUGUGUUACUGCAGUGAACUGCCCUACAUAUCUACAUUGGCAAAUAAGGUCAUGAGUUAAAUAUAUUUAUAUGUACAUACAUACAUAUAUAUCCCUUUACAUAUAUAUGUAUGUGGUGUGAGUGUGUGUAUGUGUGGGUGUGGGUUGCAUACACCGAAUCAGGCACUUACCUGCAAACUCCUUGUAGGUCUGCAGACGUGUGUCCCAUGGCAUACAAAGCACCCUGUAGGCACAGACUAGUCUGGCACUUCCUUGGACUACUUGUCUCAUAAGAUAACCAAUUUUUGCAGAGAAAUGUGUACCCAUAUAUAAUUCUCCCAUACUAGCUUGCAGAAACCUAGAAGGCCCCUACUUGUUUUAUUUAACUGUGCGGUGACUGUAGUGACUUCAGAAAAAUGCUUUGUAGAACAGAGCAGUAGAAAAGCAGGAAUCAAGAAAGCAAUACUGUACAUAAAAUGUCAUUUUUAUUAAUACCCAACCUGGCAUGGGUCUCUUGCAGAGGGGUGCAUGGGAAAGGGCUGUUGCUAUUAAAAAACAAACAAAAACAAAACAAGCCCCACACAUAACUGUUUUGCACGUGCAAAAAUUUAUUGGGUCAAAGAGGUGAUCUUUAGCUAAUAAAAAAAGAGAGAAUAGAAAACACGCAUGAGAUAGUCACAAAAUACUAGCCUAGAAAUAUAGAGCAUUAACAAAAUAAAAUUAAUGUAUUAAGUUAUAAUUGGAAUAUGUCAGAAGUUUCUUUUUACAUUCGUAUCUUAAAGAAACUGAUUUUAGCUCAUGUAUAUUUUAUAUAAAAGAAAACACCCUUAUGAAUUGAUGACUAUAUAGAAAAUUAUAUUCACUACUUUUGAACACAUUCUGCUAUGAAUUAUUUAUAUAAGCCAAAGCUGUAUGUUGUAACUUUUUUUUUUUAAGAGAAUAGCUUUAUCUUGUUUUAACUUUUUAGUUUUAUUUUAAGAGGGGAAAAAAACAAACAGAAAUAUCUUGCAAGCAGAACCUUGGAAAAAAAAAGCCAUGAACACUUAUUAUUCUAUAUGUAAAUUAAAAGUUGAGCCAAACUCUUUGUGUAUAUAGCAUCUUAAAUAUAUUAUCACCUUUGAUGUAAGUACCUAUGUAUUGUAUGGUCACCAGAUUAAAAAGUAUAUUUUUGUGGAUUGCCGCCAAUUUGGGGGGAAAAGGCGAAGUCCUUAUUAAGUAGAGUAUUCACUGUUUAAUAUUUACUAUUUUGUUAAAUAUACUGUACUUUGGAUUUUAAUUAUUAGCCCAGUUUUUUCAGAGGAUUGUAUAAAGGGGUUUCUCCCCUCACUGGUGGUGAAUGUGUGACGUUACAUUGUAAUCUUUGUGCUGUAUGGGGUGAGCAUCAUAUAUUUUAUAUGUGUACAUAAAUAGCAGAGUGGCAAAAAAUGGUGUUAAGUUCAUCCUGCAUAAAUAUAAAAUGUGUUGUAACAGAUUUUACAAGGCAUUAUUUAAAACUUGCCUUUUGUGAGGAAAAAAUAUAGUAGAAAAAUAUGACCUAAUUUAAUUAAUAUUAGAGAAAAUGGCAAAAUGGUAGAUGAGCACAAAGGUUUUAUAAGUGGUAAAUGAUUAGGGAAUAAUAUUCAUGAGGCAAGGGACCCUUUUCCUUAUCCCUCUAAAAGUAGAAUAUUAUAGCUGGUUACAAAAUGUACUACAUGGUGGAUGUUCCGUGCAAUCGAAAUGACACUCUGGUGUGGGGAGAGACUCUCGUGGAGCAGGUCCUUGGUGUGGCACUUGCCACCAUGAUUAAAAUGAGUGCCACCCCUCCCUCAGUUUGGAUUUUCAGCAAGGCCUUACUCUUACAGCAGGACAACUCAUUGGCAAGUUUGUCUGUUUACUGGGCUUAUGCCAUGAACAAAAUUCAAAGUCCUGUAUAUCUUUUAUUGUAGAUUUUUAAAUACUCCUUUUCGUGAGAAACUCAAAAGAAGGGUUUAAAAAUUGCUGCUAUUUUAUAUUUUAAAAUUAAUAUUGAGCAGCUACCUACAGUUUUUACUUAAAUUUUGUUUUUUCCCCCUAAAUUACAUUCUUUUUGACAUUUUCCUCAUCUGCUGUUUGUGACAAAUCAUCAGCCAGAUUUCCUGACUGACACAUAGGUAUUAGGUACAGAUAAGCCUGUGGCACACACAGGCUACAGAAUUCAAAUUGGUGUUUUAAUGGCUAGUGAGUUUUGGUAGAAGCCAGAAAGGGGGGCGGGGGUGAUGUAAAGCUGUCUCCUCUCUUCAGCAUAAACAUUUGGCUCUUAUUCAAAAAGGAUUGGUUUUUCUUUUAAAAUAUACUUCAUUUACUGGCCUGCUUACAGGUACAUUUCUUCAUAAGGUCACACCUAGUCAAAACAAAGACAGUCUCCCAACACUGAAUUUCUGAGAUAAUCCUUACCACUUUGUAAACCAUUUAUAGUUUUGAAAGUGUUAAGUGAGCCUUUAGUUAUUAUUUAUGCAUGUUCAUGAACUUCUGCUGUAUAUUGGAAUAGGAGUUAACACAUUCACAUUUACUGUCUAUUUUCUUGUGUGCCUUAUGAGAUGGCUUUUCUGACUGUAUCUCAAUAGUCUUUCUUUCUAUGCAGGUUUAUAAUCAGUACUACUGUUUUCUAAAACAAUAUUACACAAGGCUCGGAGUUUGUAUUUAAAUUACACUGACCAAGGAACAAUGUAUUCCAUUUUCAGGAGCUGAAUAUUUGACUGUUAACCUUCCAUACGCCUAGUGUGAUUUGGAGCAUAUGCACUCAACAGACAUCCCUCAGCCCCUCAUGUGCAAACACAUCCACAUCCACAUCUCUUGGCAGAAACCAGCUUAGAAUGGGGAAGACACUAAUGGUGUUGCUUUAAAACCAAGUUUUCUUACCCUUUUAGACUUACAUGUUUUGCAGGAAAAUUUUAUCCCUUCAAAUGAAGUAUUUUGUUAUUAAAAAACAAAAACAAAAAAAGCUUACAUUGCACUGGAUAUAGGAAGUUCCCAACAGCUGCACUUCCUUCAGUACGCUAACUGGUACUGCACUAAGAGUGAAAGUCACCAUUGUGUGUACACAGAUGGUCCCAAUCAAAACUCCAUCUUUUGAGCCCUAAUUAUGUCCAUUGUGUUAUAGACUAAAUCAGGGGUUUGUUCUAAAAGAACAAUUCAUGUUUUACCAUUUCCUUUUAACUGUAAGAACAACUUACAUUAUACAUUAACAUAAUUUCUGUAUUAACCAUCAUGCGCACAAGAAAUACAUAGUAAAUAAGGAACCUGAAAACUCCUGGCAUUGGAUCAUAAAAAGCUAGAUGAUUAGAAUGUGAAAAUGAUUUUACAAAUGUAAAACUUUUAUUUCUCUGUAGAAACUUCCUUCACUUUGCUGUGCAAGAAGACACUGCUUUGCUAUAUUUAAAAUGGCUUUUUUUUAAAAGAGAUUUAUGUAUUUGGUAAAUGUUUGUAGUCAACAGUUCACACAAGAAGCUGUACACGGUUUGAUCAUGUAAACCGUUUGGCGGCACAAGCUGGACUUUGUUGCCAUCGUUGAGAUGAACCUUUUAAGAAAAAUAAGUUGAUCUCAAUUUUUCCCUGAAUGUGUUGUUUUUUCUUCAUUAUAUAAUAAAUAUUAUCGUGAACUUUCUAUCAAAUGGUUAAGACAAUGCUAGAGGUUGUUGUAAACUGUCUCCUGCACUCACUCCAGUAAAGAUGGACUGGCUCUUA